AUGCGCCGGAUCGUCGUUGCCGCGCAACGCGGAGCCGCGAAGCGGUAUCGCGCAUGCGCGGCGGCGUUGCCGUUGCCGUUGCCGUUGCCGUUACCGUUACCGUUACCGUUACCUUACCGUUACCGCUACCGCUGUCGUUGCCGCGAGGCGCGGGGCCGCAUGAGCCGCGGUGCAGGCGCCGAGGCGGUGUUCCCGGGGCGGCGGCGGGGCCCGGGCCCGGCCCUCAUCGCGCCCGGGCCCGAGGAGCGCAUCGCCGCCCGCCGCCGCCGCAUCGCCGCCCGCCUCGACGCCAAGCGCCGGGAGGCCCUUGGAGAAGAUGUUGAGACAAAGACAGCUGAGGAGGAGGAGGAGGAGCAGAGAGGAAGCCACAGGCAGAUUGAGGAAAGCAGGCAGAGGCUGGCCAAGCUGCUCUUUGAUGGCACACAGUUGGUGACAAAUAUCCAGGUGGCUGUUGACUCGAGAGAAACUCAGAGGAGGGCAGAGGAGGCAGAGCUGAAGCUGCAGAGGGUGGAGAGGCUGGAGAAUGAAGCCAAGACUAAUGCCUGCAAAUUUGAAGCAAUCACCUCAAAAUGGGCCUUGGCCGAGAAGAAGACAAUCCCUCAGGAGUUGUGGGAGCUGCUGAACCAGCAGCAGAAGCAGUGCACGCUGCUCCUAGAGGAGAAGAACAAGCUCAUCGAUGAACUGCAGCAGGAGCUGAAAAGCAAAGAUGAGCAAUAUGUGCAUGCCCUCAAGAAGCAGUCAGAUGAUAUCCACCUCCUUUUGGAGAGAAUGGAGGAGCAGAUCAGGAACAUGCUGAAAAACUAUCGUCAUGAACUUCUACAGAUUGAGAAGGCUUUUGAGCUAGAACGGCAAGAGCUGCUGGACGACAAUAAGAAGAAGUGGGAGGAAGCCAUUCAGGCCCACAACGCUCAGGAGCUGGAAGACCUGGCUGCCCGUAUGAAAAAGGUGGAAGAGUUUGAGAAGCAGUUGAAUCAGCUGCAGGUGCAGGGUGUGGAGGAGUAUAACAACAUGAAGAGCCAGCUGGAGAAUAACGUACAGACCCUGGAGGAGCAGCUCCAGCGGGUGAGAGCCAUCUAUCAGCUCAACCAGGAGAAGCUAGAGUAUAAUCUCCAGGUGCUCAAAAAGCAGGAUGAGGAGAACACCAUCAUCAAAUCCCAGCAGAAGAGGAAGCUCAACCGGCUUCAUGAUGUGCUCAAUAACCUGAGAAGAAAACUGGCCAAACAAGAGAAGCAGAUGAGGGAGGAGAACCAGAGCCUGGCAGUGGACUAUGAACGCAUCGUGGGGCAGUGUAAGGAGCUGCAGAGAAUGAUGAGGCAUUUUGCUGUCAGCGAUACUGAGAAGUUCAUGGAGGUUUGGCUCAUGAAUGAGAAGGAAGCCAAAGGGCUGAUACGGAGAGCCUUUGAUGCAGAUCGCAUCAUUCACACGCAGCAGCUGGGGCUGCCCUGGGAAGAGCCUCAUUACUGGUUCCUGAACAAUGUCGGCCCCCUCAGGCAUUACAAGGGAAAGAGGACUGCCACCAGGCUGGCUGCGGAAAUGCUGACAGAGAGCAGCUGUGAGGGACAAGAGGAAGAGGGGAGAGAAAAGGGGAAGGAAGAAAUGGCCAGUGGAGAAGGAGGAAGAGAGAACCCAGAAAAGGCUGAGGAUAAAGUCACACCUCUGCGAAGUAUCUCCAAGAAGACUGUCAAGAGGAUCCUGGAGCUCGUGAGCGAUGAGUUGGGCUUCCUCAUUGAGAGCAAGCUGCUGAGGCUCCUGCAGCCACUGGGGAAGCACGAGCGCACCCUCAUGAAGCUUGACUCCAUCUUCACUGCCCUCGAGAUUGACAGUGAGGAUGACCUGUACCAGCUGGUGGAUUUCUUCCUGAAGUACAAAGCCCAGGAGGUGGCUGUCAGCCAGAGCCAGGCCACCCCUCAGGGCCAGGAGGGCCCAGCCAGUGAGGAUCCUGCAGAUCUGUCUGCGGACGCAGCAGAUGAUGGAUCCAGUUCCCACAGGACCGAGCUGACAUCCUCUCGGAGCUUACUGGACUCCCUUCCGUCUGUGUACAUCCAUGCUGACGACAUCCUAAAGGUCCUCAAAGCAUUUGUGCGGGAUUUCGACAAGCUGAGGGGGAAGGACGAUUCAGCGAUGGAUUUGCUGCAGGGACGGGACAGCUCCAAGGACGAGGAGUACUGGAACGCUCUGGCACACGCUAUCCCUGAGUCAAAGCUGAAGCUUUGGGACGCACUGAUGGUGGCACUGGAGAAAUACCACCACAUCCUUGCCCAGAGGGCCAACCUGAUCACUGAAGUAGGUGUCCUGCAGCAGCAGAACUCAGAGUUGUGCCUGCUCCUGGAUCAGUACGUCACCUCCAAGGUGAACAGCGAGCUGCUCUCCCCUCCCAUGCAGUGGAUGGACCUGAAGCCACCGGGCCCCAAGGAAGCGCAGCAUGUGUGUGAUCUCCAAGGAAGGCCCCUCUACCCUCCAAAGAUGCUGGUGGGUCACAGCUUAGUGCUUCCCCAAUCCCAGGGACUCACAGCACGGCUUUCUGAUAGCAGGUUGUAGACACUGCUGGCUCCAUAGACCUUUCCCAGCUCUCUCAGCUGAGCCAAGCCCGCCAAGCAGCAGUCUCCACUCUUGUGCAAUGCCCUGCUCCACACUACCCUGCUCACAGCCUCCUCCCAUCAGCCUGGUACAUCCUCCAAGAGCGCUGGUCCACCCUCUCUCCCGUACAGAGAAGCCUAAUGUCUUUGCUGUCUGCAGCUGUUUUCAUUCAAGAUCACAGGAUGGGAGGAUGCAGCAAGCUCAAGGCAGAGCCACUUCAGCGCCUCUCCUCUGCUACGUCUUGGAAGGAGCCUUGUUCCCUGCUUCCCCAGUGCACAGCAGGAACACGGCACCAACCCAGCCCUGGCUUGCUUGCAUGCAGCAGGGAUGUGGCACCACUCCAUACUGCUGAUGGCGGGAGCAGCAUCAGAGCAGCCCAUGGUAGUGGGGAAAGAGGGGCAGGGAGCACCCUGGGGCCAGUCUGAGACCAGCUCUUUCAUAGCCAGCAUUUCUGCAGGGUUGGGACAGGGCCCUGUGUGAAACCAGCUCCUUCCCCCUUCCCAGAUCUCUCUAACCAGCAUCUGUCCAUGCUGCUGCCAUAAGAGUCAUGGCCCUGGUGGGUCAAGUACCGCUGAGGGAGACCCUUCCAGAAGGUCAAGAGAGGUUCCUGCACCUUGGCCCCCUUCAGUCUUCUGAUCCCACGAUCCUGCAGCUGGGACUAGAGAUGAUCCCUCAGCCUCACUCUGGUCCUGAGCCCAGCGUUGUGGUGUUUGGGAUUAGCAUCAUCCUAAAACCAACUACAAGAACCUUCCCAAAUAAACUGCACCCUCAGUUACCUUUCCCUCCUUGCUCUCAGUUCUGCUGCAUCUCUACCUAAAUCUGGGGGGUUUGACACUUUU